AUGGAUCCAGAUUGGGCAGAUCUUCCCAACCACAUUUUGGACUUAAUUUUUGAGAAGAUGAAAACAACAAAAGAUUGUUUAACAUUUGGUGCUAUUUGUAUCAAAUGGUACCACAUAUGCUUACACAAUCGAACUAAGCUAAUCAAAUUGAAUCGUCAUCAGGAACCAAAGCUUUUGUUUCCUAAUGAAAGCAAAGCUAAUGAUUCUUGGCGUGUGUAUAGCAUAAACUCGCAACACAAAAAAUCUUUACAGUCGAAACUGUUACUCCCUUCAUACGACAAACCCUUUGCAGGGUCAUCGGAAGGGUGGUUGGCCACCCUUGAUAAAAAUUUAGCAGUGACACUAUAUAAGCCAUUCCUGGAGAAUAAUAAUGAAACAAGUAUCGUUCACCUUCCUCCAUUGUUUCCUCCAACGGAUUUAUCACAUUUAGAGCGCAUAUUUGAUCAUCGUGACGUUUAUCUCCUGAAGUUCACAACAUUCACACCUGAUCCAAUAUCAAAUCCGAACGAUUUUAUCAUGGUAGUGUUAUAUGGAGAACUGUGCCACUUGGCAUAUAUCAGAACUUCUAAAGACGCUGCUACGUGGAUUCAUGUAGCUUCUUCAUCUGAUAUCUGUUUCGAUGAUGUCAUAUACUACAAUAACAGAUUUUAUGUUCUACUUUAUGAAACGGGUGGACUUGCUUCUCUUGACGUUUCUUAUGAUUCGUCUCAGCCAAAUUUAAAGAUGAUUGUUAGUGAUACUCCAAAAAAUUAUAACAGAAAGGAUCGUUAUUUUUGUUAUAAGACAUAUUUGGUGGAGUCGUAUAAAGGAGAACUUUUGCAAGUUCAGAGGUACCGUGAAGACUGUGACGAUCAUGUGACAAAAGAAUUUGAAGUUUUCAAAUUUAGUUUUGAUCGGUGUGAGUGGGUUAAAAUAAAUUAUUUAGAAGAGGAAGCUUUGUUUGUAGGUGAUAAUACAUCAAUAUCUGUCGAUACUUCGUCAAGUUCUUCGCAAUGCAAGAGUAAUUGCAUAUACUUUGUUGAUGACAAAGAUACUACCAGUUUUGGUAGUGGACCUAAAGAUAUGGGAGUAUACAAUCUCAAAACUGGUAGUUUGUUACGUCGUUUCGAUAUUGAUGAGAAACUCUUUACUACAAUGGGCGGAAGAAUACCUAUUUGGGUUCUACGCACUGUAUUCAAUACAAACCGGAGUGUGAAAAGGACGAGUUUCUAA